CAACAACAACAACCAAAAAAAAAUAAAAAAUCGAAGUGAUAGAAUUGUUAAUUGAUAAAUUAGCCACACAUAUCGAGAAGAAACCAAGUGGCAGAUAUUCUAAGCAAAAAAAUUAUAAUUUAUACAUAUUCUAGACAUAUUACCUAACUAUAAAAGGCCAGAGACUCAUGCAAUGAUGAACCACACUUCUUAAUAUAACUUUGUGAUAUAUAAUCGAAGAGAGAUGAGUCUUGAAGGAAAGUUGGUUUCGGAGAUAACUAUCAAGUCUUGUGGAGAUGUGUUCCAUGAGAUCUUUAGGCAUAGACCACAUCACAUCUCAACCAUGUGUCCUGAUAAAGUACAGAAUGUGGACAUUCAUGAAGGUGACUGGGGAACUGUUGGUUCUAUCAUUUUCUGGAAUUUCACCCAUGAUGGGAAGGAAAAGGUAGCAAAGGAGAUAAUUGAGGAAAUAGAUGAAGAAAAGAAGCUGGUCAAAUUCAAAGUGAUUGGUGGAGAUAUAUUGGAAGCUUACAAAUCAUUUUACCUCACUGUUCAUGUUGAAACAAAGGAUGAAGACAACUUGGUUACUUGGAUCUUGGAAUAUGAGAAGUUAAAUCCAGAUGUACCAGAUCCACACACAUUAAUGGAUUUUUGUCUAAAUGUUACAAAAGAUAUUGAGACUCAUCACCUAACAGGGAAGUUGGUUUCUGAGAUAGAAAUUAAGUCUGAUGGAGAUGUGUUUCAUGAAAUAUUUAGGCAUAGGCCACACCAUAUCUCAAGCAUGUGUCCUGAUAAAGUACAAAAGGUGGACAUUCAUGAAGGUGAAUGGGGUACUGUUGGCUCUGUUAUCUUCUGGAACUUCUUCCAUGAUGGGAAAGAGAAGGUGGCAAAGGAGAUAAUUGAAGCCAUAGAUGAGGAAAAGAAGCUGGUUAGAUUCAAGGUGAUUGGUGGAGAUAUAUUGGAUGCAUACAAAUCAUUUUGUCUCACUGUUCACGUUGAGACCAAAGGUGUAAACAACUUAGUUACUUGGAUCUUGGAAUAUGAAAAGAAGCAUAAUAAUGUGCCUGAUCCACAUACUUUGAUGGAAUUCUGCCUCAAUGUCACCAAAGAUAUUGAGACUCACCACAUCAAGUGAUUACAUAAAUAUUACUACUACAUAUCUGUACCUAAAUAGUUGUAAUAAUAUGUGAUAAAUGGUUGUGCUUGCAAGUGUCUACUAUAUGUAGAAAAAUAAGAAAAAGGAAGAAGAAGACGAAGAAAAUGAGUGAAUAUGUAUUUUCUAAUUUCGUUGUGCUUUGGACAACAGUUUGUAUAUCCCUUUGGAAAAUAUUAAGGCUGUGCUUAAUGCUUUUUCUUUUCAAAA